CAGUGUCAACUGAAGUACACAACAUACUGAAAAAAUACUGCAGUAUUUUUAUUACGAUUGCGAAAGAAAGCAAGACCCGCACCUAUCAUUUUGCUUUCUUCGUCUCUUCAUUGUCAUCUUCUCUUUUGAGUCCUUCGAAAUUCAAAGCAAUUUGGGUGUAAAUGGUGUCGUUUACACGCUUAUUUGAUUUGCUUUUCUGUACGAUUAAUCUGAUUUGAUAGGAUCAGCUUUUCGGGUAUUGUGGUGUGCGUAAUUGCCAAUGGAUAAAGAUGACAAGGAUGCUAAUGGGUUCACAAACGAGCCUUUGAUAACUGUAGACUCUGAAAAAGUUGAAAACCAUAUUGAUGAUAAGGAAGAUUACAGUGAGUCCAAUACUUUGUUACCUCCUAGGAGAGGUGGGAUGUCAAGAAAUACAGAGAGAGUGCAGAGAAAAGUUCAGUGGAAUGAUAACAAUGGGAAUAAACUUGCGGAAGUUUUAGUAUUUGAACCAAGCGAUUAUAGUGAUUCUGAUGAAGAUGAUUCAGAUUCUUGUGUCUGCACCAUAAUGUAGAUAUUGCAGUACCAUUUAUAAAUAUCUGCUGGAUAAGUCAAUGAAGCAUUCUCUGUGAUAACACAUUUGAUAAUUAGAAGUGAAUGGGCCUCUUAUCAACUUCUUGUUGCUAGAACCAAAGAGCUGAAAGACUGAGAAGGCAAAGUGUCAUGCUUUUCAAAAUGAAGUUCAAUAUCAGUUCAUUUUAAUGAACUGGUUGCUCAUCAAAAUGAAGUUCAGUACCAGUUCAUAUUGUGGUGAGCUUCUGUUGCGUGGAUCUCAUCCCAAGAAUUGAAGCAGAUAGCGAUAAUAAUGGCCGAGAUUAGAUGAUGUAUAGUAUGUUGAUCAAAACUUACUCUUUUUGGCGUUGCCACACAUGUUGAUUUGUGAGAAAUGAACGACAAUCGAGAUUACUUUGGAUGAUUGUUUGCUGAAGUUGCAGUUACUUCAAAGUCUGGUCAUUUUAUGUUGGUAGCUUUCUGAGCCAUUCAUCAUAACUAUUGUCAUAUUAGUUUCUGUAUUCUCUUGCUGCAUUUUUAUGGAUCAAGUUUCCCCUGGCAAACCUGAUAUUUCGAGCUCUUACUUGGAGCAUGAAUAAGAUGUAGAUGUUUAAUUUUCACAAGCUUUCAAGAAAACUUUACCAUUUGAUUCCUGAUUCGGAGUCGUAUCUCGAACAAUAUGAACUUAGGAACCUUUUUUAAAUUAAUGUUCUUUUGGCUGAAACUUAA